AUGCGUGAGAUCCCGUUAAACUCAUGGAGCACUGGGCCGCAUCUACUUUCCACGGUGUGUGUUUUGGGCCUCCUGCACUACCCACGCAGUUGCUUGGAGUCCAUUUCAGCCUUCGCUCCCACCCCUGUCGUCUAUGCGAUGCUGCAGAUCUUGAGUGAGGAGAGUGACGCCGCUGCGGAGGGUGGUGGCGGUGGCGCAGCGGUGCCUUGGUCAUCAUCGGCGCCACUGGAACUCAGUGCACUGCACCGCCUUCUCCGCUCCGCACAGGUGACUUGGCUUCGUCCGAGGGUUGGCGUCAUAACGGUGACUGUUGCGACAAAAAAGACGGCAUGGUGGUGA